AUUUCGAUUCCUGUCGACGUUUUAAAAAAUUUUAACUUCUGGUAAACAUGUUCAUAAAAAUUCGCUUACUAAAUAAAUAAAUUGAUGCAUCCAAGCUUGAGUAAAAAAAUUAUGUAGUGACCUGACCACGAGAAAUGAUAUAUACUCAUGGAUUUUAACGAGUGUUUUGCUACUUUGUUGAUUAACUUUUUCUCAAUAAAGUUUUUUGAAAUAUAUAUAAUUUACAAUGCGAUGACAGAUUUUGCCGAAAAAUUUGGCAAAAACAUCCACUCGCUCCACAAAAAUGACUGAGCUCUCGAUUUUCACAGUCAUGUAAGAUCUUUCAUUUUGGCUCUUUUCAUCUGCUUCCGGAUGGAUAUCUAUACAUAUAGUCAAAGACUUCUUCUUUAUUUAAUAAAGCAACUUUAAUCUAAAAUUAAAUAUAAAUUUUUUUUAAUCGUUAAAUGAAAGAAAGUGAUGCUAGAUCAUUUGGUUAUAUAGCAGAUACUCCAUACCUAAUAAACAAUUAGUGUUUUUUCUCCUCUUUAUUUUUAUUAUUUCGCUCGCGUAUCGAGCUUUCCCCACAUUUUCCACGACUCAUUGACUGCCUCGGACGAGCAACAUGAUUUCAUCACGUGAAUAUUGUACAAAUGUGCUCGUACAUUGAAUGUUUUUGCGCAACUGUUUUAUAAACAAUGAAAAAUAAUUAUUAUAAAAGCUGUAGAAGAUUAAUUGUCCAUAUCAAUGGAAACCGCAAUAUAAGAUUCAAAACACCCUGAUCAAAUAUACCCCGUUAGAUUACCAAGCCUCGGUUCCCCGUCGAAGUUGCGUCGUAACCACGAAAAUUGCACGGUUAAGCUGCUUAAAUGUUGGUCAUUUAAAAAUGCCAGAAGCGUCAGCAAAUUCGUCAGUAUUGACGUCGACAUGGAUCACUCGACAGGCGAAGUGGUCGUUCUCACAGGUUCGAGCGGUUUUCUCGGCAGUCGGAUACUGCGGUAUCUCGUGGAGGACGAGCAGGUGAGCGAGAUCCGAGCCGUGGACAAACUGAUACCGCACGACAACGACGACGACGUGUUCGGCUACAAGGAGAGCGAGGGCAAAGUGAGGCUUUAUCACGGCGACUUGGUGAGCGCGGAAUCUUGCCGAGAUGCCUUUCGCGGCGCCGACGUGGUUCUGCACUGCGCCGCUCUGGUUGACUACGAUUACCCGCCGGACGUCGACGAGCUUCGUUUGGCAAUUUUUGCUCUCGCUUGUCUGCAAGCAGCCACGGAAAACGUGAUAAAGCUGUGCAUCGAGGAGAACGUGCCGCGACUAGUUCACUGCAGCACGACGGAGGUGACGCUGCAGCCAUGCUUCACGGGUAGCAUCGUGGCGAUCAGCAUCUACAAGCAGGAGUCGAAGCUGGAGGUGCCGAGCGACAGCAAGCUGAUAUUCGGCGACUACGCGGCGACCAAGCUCAGAGCGGAGCAGAUCGUGCUCGAGUCGCACGGGAGCCCGCUGAGGAACGGCGCGGGCACGCUGUCGACGAGUGCGCUAAGGCCCACCUUGAUGUACGGCGAAGGCGACCCGCACCUGCUGCCCAAAAUACUCAGUUACGCCAAGAGCCGAGGCGGCCGUUUGCCCAGGUUUUGGGGUACGACCGGCAAGCAGCAGAUCACUUACGUGGGCAACGCUGCCUGGGCAUUUAUCAAAGCUAAGGACACUCUGCGCGAGACGCCUCUGGCGAUAGCAGGGCUGCCGGUCACGGUGACGGACGACACGGUGGUCGACUACUUGGCGCUGUUCUGCGAGCACGUCACCGACGGCAAGGUGCGAGUCUCGUCGUGGCCGCUGCCGCUAGCCUUGUCUUACCUCGGAGCGCUGCUCUUUGAAUUUCUCUCUCGCUUUGGUCUUAUCUCCAAAAUCCAGCCACCGACGAGCAGCGUCUACGCGUUCCUGGGCUCGAUUCUUUUGUACAAUCGAGCUCGCGCCUCCAUUCACAUGAAUUACUGGCCUAAAUACAAACACGACGAGGCUGUUGCACUCGCCGCCAAGUAUUAUUCCGAGCUUUACGCUCGCGAACAAUGAGCCAUAAAUCAACGUUUAUA